GCGAAGUCGGGACGGACGGACCUGAUUUUCCUCAUCCGGUUUCGGCACUGCUGCCUGCUCCGAAACCAGCGCUGCAUCCUGGCCUACCUGUAUGACCGGUUGCUGCGGAUCCGAGCACUCAGGUGGGAGUAUGGCAGCGUCCUGCCAAACACCGUCCAGUUUCACAUGUCAGCUGAAGAAGUGGAGUGGUUCAAUCGGUACAAAAAGUCUCUGGCUACCUACAUGAGGUCAGUAGGAGGAGAGGAGGGCCUGGACCUUACACAGGACAUAAAACCUCCUAAAAGCCUGUACAUUGAAGUGCGGUGUUUAAGAGACUAUGGAGAAUUUGAGAUUGAUGAUGGUACCACCAUACUGUUGAAGAAGAACAGCCAGCACUUUUUACCCCGCUGGAAAUGCGAGCAGUUAAUCAGACAAGGAGUCCUCGAGCACAUUCUGUCGUAAGCGUGCAGGACAGGAGGGACAACCCUUGCUUGGUGGCCUGCCCACACUGGGGACUGAACUCUGGUGUGUGCAGGACUUCUGCCGUGGGCACCCUGCCACUCCUUUGUAAUACCUGACAUGAAGAUCAGCCUUGAGUUUAUGAAGUAUGCAAACCA